UGCCUGCUUGGGUUUAGGGGAAAACAAUGGCUACGAUCGCGAGAAUGCACUUGCUUGGACCUCUCAAAGAGGUUGAAUUUGCUUUUGCAGGUCCCUGUUGCUGCUUACUUCCCAGGUAUUUGGGAUAUUCUCAAUUCUCUCUUCGUCAGCGCAAUGUGGCUCUAACCCCCAAACGAAAUGCUUCGGUUCUUCCCAAAAUCAGCGCCCAAACUUCUCUCGGUUAUUUUCCCGAUUCCAACUUUUACAAAGUGGAAGCGAUUCUCAGGCCUUGGCAAAUCCCUCAUUUGUCUUCGGCAUUGUUGAAAAUGGGAAUCCGUGGCGUCACGAUAUCUGAUGUUAAGGGAUUUGGUGCUCAGGGUGGUUCAAAAGAGAGGCAGGGAGGCUCUGAAUUUGAUGAGGACAAUUUUGUUGCCAAGGUUAAGAUGGAAAUAGUGGUGAGCAAAGGGCAGGUACGUAUGGAGGUCGAAACAGUAAUAGACAAGAUUAUUAAGGUGGCAAGGACGGGGGAGAUCGGUGACGGCAAAAUAUUCGUGAUACCUGUGGCGGAUGUUAUGAGAGUUCGUACAGGUGAGCGUGGGGAAAAAGCUGAGAGGAUGUCUGGUGGACGAGCCGACAUGUUUUCCGUUGCAUGAUUUGUCUCGAUGGAAGUGGGACUUGAGCGCAUUCUCAAGUCUCAACUUCUCCCUCUCUCAUGAUAGCAAUAUAAUCCUGUCUUCUGUUUUUCUGUAUUAUGGUCUGGAAGAUGAAUAAACUGUGGGCAAUCUAAUUGGCUUGUUACGUAGUGAAUAAAUUUGCGUGGCAAUUGUUCCUUCGUGUUGGAGGAUAAUAAUAGUAAUUUGCAUUUUCCUUGAUCUU